AUGAGUUACGGAAAAAAGGACGAGGAUGCCGACCUGGGCUUGGUCAAGGUAGAUCGGACACAGGUCUUCCAAGAAGCUCGAUUGUUCAACAGCUCUCCGAUCCAGCCUCGACGAUGCCGAAUUCUCCUGACCAAGAUCGCCCUUCUCCUCUACACGGGCGAGUCAUUCCCCAAAAAUGAAGCCACCACCCUCUUCUUCGGCAUCUCGAAGCUCUUCCAGAACAAGGACGCCAGUCUGCGGCAGAUGGUGCUCCUCAUCAUCAAGGAGCUGGCCAAUUCCGCCGAGGACAUAAUCAUGGUGACUAGCACCGUCAUGAAGGACACCGGCGGCAGCAGCGACGCAAUCUACAGGCCCAAUGCCAUCCGUGCUCUGUGCCGAAUCAUCGACGCUACCACGGUGCAAGCCAUUGAACGUGUCAUGAAAACCGCCAUUGUGGACAAGAACCCGUCUGUUUCCUCUGCGGCGCUUGUUUCAUCCUACCACCUGCUGCCGAUUGCUAGGGAUGUCGUGCGACGAUGGCAGAGUGAGACUCAGGAGGCGGCCGCCUCCUCCAACUCGACAAUGGCUCAGUACCAUGCCAUUGGCCUCUUGUACCAGAUGCGCUCGCACGACCGCAUGGCCCUGGUUAAAAUGGUCCAGCAGUUCGGCGCUGCCGGGGCUGUCAAGAGCCCCGCUGCCACCGUGAUGCUGGUCCGACUGGCCGCGCAGCUUGCCGAGGAGGACCCCUCGCUUCGCCGCCCCAUGAUGCAGCUUCUCGACGGCUGGUUGCGACACAAGAGCGAAAUGGUCAACUUCGAGGCUGCCAAAGCCAUCUGUGACAUGCGCGAUGUUACCGACGCCGAGGUCAACCAGGCCGUCCAUGUCCUGCAGCUGUUCCUGACCUCGCCCCGCGCCGUCACCAAGUUUGCCGCCCUGCGAAUCCUCCACAGCUUCGCCUCUUUCAACCCCAACGCCGUCAGCGUCUGCAACACUGACAUUGAGCUCUUGAUCUCAAACUCCAACCGGUCCAUUGCUACCUUUGCCAUCACCACUCUGCUCAAGACUGGUAACGAGGCUAGCGUAGACAGGCUGAUGAAGCAGAUUUCGGGCUUCAUGUCGGAGAUCACUGACGAGUUCAAGAUCACCAUUGUCGAGGCCAUCCGCACCCUGUGCUUGAAGUUCCCCAGCAAGCAGGCCGGCAUGCUGACAUUCCUCAGCGGCAUCCUGCGCGACGAGGGUGGCUACGAGUUUAAGCGCGCCGUUGUGGAGAGUAUGUUCGAUCUGAUCAAGUUCGUCCCUGACUCCAAGGAGGACGCGCUUGCGCACCUGUGCGAGUUCAUUGAAGACUGCGAGUUCACCAAGCUGGCCGUCCGUAUCCUGCACCUCAUCGGUCUCGAGGGCCCCAAGACCGCCCAGCCUACCAAGUACAUUCGCUACAUUUACAACCGUGUCGUCCUUGAGAAUGCCAUUGUUCGCGCCGCUGCUGUCACAGCUCUUGCCAAGUUCGGCGUUGGCCAGAAGGAUCCCGACGUCAAGAGCAGCGUCAAGGUUCUGCUUACGCGUUGUCUAGACGAUGUCGAUGACGAGGUUCGAGAUCGAGCCGCCUUGAACCUGAAGCUGAUGGCCGAAGAGGAUGACGAGAUGGCCCGAAACUUUGUCAAAAACGACAACAUGUUCUCGCUCCCCUUCUUCGAGCACCAGCUGGUUCUGUACGUCACGUCAGACGACAAGUCUGCGUUCGACGUGCCGUUUGACAUCUCCAAGAUCCCCGUCGUGACCCGAGAACAGGCAGAUGCCGAGGACAGGACCAAGAAGCUUACCGCUACAACUCCCACAUUGAAGGCGCCAAAGGCCGGCCCAGCCAAGACACCAACAAGCGGCGCGGAGGCUGCGGCCUCUGCCAGCGCACAGGCACAGCGAUACGCACAGGAGCUGAUGCAGAUCCCCGAGAUGAAGGAGUUUGGCAGCGUGGUCAAGUCAUCGCCUGUCGUUGAGCUUACCGAGGCUGAGACUGAAUACGUCGUCAGCGUGGUCAAGCACAUUUUCAACGAGCACAUUGUGCUGCAGUACGAGGUCAAGAACACUCUUCCUGACACAGUCCUAGAAAACGUGUCGGUUGUAGCAUCUCCUUCAGACGAGGAGGACCUGGAGGAGGUAUUCAUCAUCCAGGCCGAGAAGCUGGCCACAAACGAGCCGGGCAAGGUUUACGUGGCGUUCAAGAAGGUCAAUGGCCAGACGUCACUGCCCGUUUCCACAUUCUCCAACGUGCUCAAGUUUACAAGCAAGGAGAUUGAUCCUUCAACGGGCGAGCCCGAAGAGACUGGUUACGACGAUGAGUACGAGGUGUCAGAAUUUGACCUCAGCGGUAGCGACUACGUCAUCCCUACAUAUGCUGGCAACUUCAACCAUAUCUGGGAGCAGGUUGGCGCUUCAGGAGAAGAGGCGGAGGAGACGCUGCAGCUGAGCAGCAUGAAGAGCAUAGCCGAGGCAACCGAGCAGCUGGCCAAGAUUCUAUCCCUACAACCUCUCGAAGGAACCGAUGUCCCCGUCAACCAGAGCACGCACACUCUCAAGCUACUGGGCAAGACAGUCAACGGCGGCAGAGUGGUGGCCAACAUUCGCAUGGCAUACUCGUCAAAAUCCGGUGUUACGACAAAGAUUACAGUCCGAGGCGAGGAGGAGGGCGUGGCGGCUCUUGUGAUUGCAUCUGUGGCAUAA